AUGGGAAGAAGAAACAAAGCAGCCCGAGCUCUAAACCUGUGCAUGUUUGUUUUUUGGCUCAGCACAGUGCACUGCCGCCCUGCGAGCUUCUACAAAGACUAUACCUCAGAAAGACAGGGAGGGCCUCCCUCAGAUCUCAUAAACAUAAACCCAGACGACUUUAUCGCGAAGAAGCAGACAGCGCCUGCGAUGGAGAACGAAGACUCCUUCCUGGACGUCUUUGAGAGGAUAAUGCACAGGUUCCCGUCUUUCAAGUCUCGGUUCGUGAUGCGCUUCCAGAAGUACAUGGAUGCAGGCAAUCCUGACAACACAAGCAACCCGUCUGUGUACUUCAAGCUUGGGCCAGGGAAUGUGCCAGAGCCCAACGAUAUUCUCAAAAGGUUCCAGGCCCUUGCGAACGCAUCGAGCAUGCUGAAGGAAGAGUUUCGCAGCCUCAUAUGGCAGCUCGAGAUGUAUGCAGACAAGAUGUUCUUAAGCGAGAAAGCCCUGAUCCAAAAAGCCAACGGAUACAUAUCAGACCUCGAGGACCUAUUUAACCAGAACAAAGUCGAAACAGAUCCUCUUGUAAGCGCGAACAUUGUUGUCAGGUUCAGACAGAAAGAGCAGGAGGCAAUGAAGUUCAUAGAGGCCAUUCGAUCCGUGCGAAAGUGGGAGACUGAAAUAAACUCAAAGCUCUCCCACUGGACAUCGCACAAGAACAUCCUGCACACGAUGUAG